AUGGCAACCCUCGUUCUCGAGACUCAGCUGGAGAAGUUGUCGGUUGAUGUCGAGCAUCAGGAUCGAGCUCUGCAGAAGGCGAGGGCCACAGCUACGACCAAAUCUCUCUCCUUUACCUCGUUCUGCCCGAAGCUUCUGAAAAUCGCCCUCCAGAAUCAGAUAGACAGCGCGUCCGCCGUGUCACAUCACCAAACAACAAAACGCCCUUCGUCAAUCCCGAAGCCAAUCACUUGGACAAAUAAAUUGAGCGAUGAAUCUGAAUUAGACCAAAAGCCUGUGCCGCUCAUAAAACAACCCGCCGCAAAGACAUUCAACCUAGGCAUGUUCGAGAUAGGCAAACCCCUGGGAAAAGGCAAAUUCGGCCGGGUAUACUUAGCGCGCGAGCGCGAGCACAAGUUCAUCUGCGCCUUGAAAGUCCUGCACAAGAGCGAGCUUCAAGAGGCUCGCGUGGAGAAACAAGUACGGCGCGAAAUCGAGAUCCAGAGCAACCUGUGCCACCCCAACAUCCUCAAGCUGUACGGCCACUUCCACGACAGCAAGCGCGUCUUCCUGAUUCUCGAGUUCGCCGGCCAGGGUGAGCUGUACAGGCACUUACAAAAAGCGACCCGGUUCCCUGAGUGGAGGGCGGCUCAGUAUAUUGCGCAGAUGGCGAGCGCCCUGGUUCACCUGCACCGGAAGCAUGUGAUCCACCGCGAUAUUAAGCCGGAGAAUAUCCUUGUUGGUGUCCAUGGCGAGAUCAAAAUCUCGGAUUUUGGGUGGAGUGUGCACGCACCCGGGAAGCGACGGACGACGUAUUGUGGGACUCUUGAUUACCUACCGCCGGAGAUGGUGGCGUUAGGCGGUAUGGAUAGUUCCUAUGACGAGAGGGUAGAUCUCUGGUCCUUGGGUGUGCUGACCUAUGAGUUCCUUGUGGGCGAGGCCCCUUUUGAGGACACGCCUGCAAUGACGACUAGGAGGAUCGCAAGAGGGGAUGUGAGGAUUCCAUCGUUUGUCAGCCCCGAGGCUAGGGACUUAAUACAAAAGCUACUCGUUGUCGACCCCAGUAGAAGAUCAACCCUGGAGCAGGUACAGAAGCACCCUUGGAUUAUCAAGCAUUGCAAAAGCGAGGACUAG